AUGGCUGCACCCUCCAGCCCCGGCUCUGGCUCCUGUUUUGUUAAUCCGAAGCAUCACUCUCCCAAGCUCCUCGCAGCUGACAAGAGCCCUGCUGCAGCUUCUGAGGCCACUAGCAUCCUCUGCCUUCGGCCCCAUGCUCGUCAGGUGCUUUCCCACGCCAAGCCUGACUGGGACCUCCCAUUUGUCCCCCCAGUGGGACCAUCCUCCUUUUCCUCUUCUGUGAAAGUCAUCCAGUUCUCAGUGUUGUUCCCGUUCAAAGGGGACACCGGCUUGCAGCCAGUGUACUGGAGCAGGGAUGACGUAGCCCAGUGGCUCAAGUGGGCUGAGAAUGAGUUUUCUUUAAGGCCAAUCGACAGCAACACGUUUGAAAUGAAUGGCAAAGCACUCCUGCUGCUGACCAAAGAGGACUUCCGCUACCGAUCUCCUCACUCAGGGGACGUGCUCUAUGAACUCCUUCAGCAUAUCCUGAAGCAGAGGAAACCACGGAUUCUUUUCUCACCAUUCUUCCACCCUGGAAACUCCAUCCACACACAGCCGGAGGUCCUGCUACAUCAGAACCACGAGGAAGGUACUGGAAAAGGCUUCUCCCUGGCCUGAGGUUUACACUAACUCAGAGGGUUUGAUAAGAUGUUCUUAUUCCUGUGGAUUUGUUAUUCAUUCAACAAACAGGUAUUGAGGGCCUGUCAUAUAUAAGACACGGGGGAGGGAUUAUCUAGAGGCUCACACCAUAAGGGAAGCAGUGAGGUGGAGAAUGUAAGUAUAGAAAGCUAAUUACAAUAGUGGGUGCCAUGGAGGCACAGAGUGGGAGGGGCUUACCCCAGUACAGGAAGAAGGGCUGGUUUCCUAAAGGAGGGGGGUUCUUUGGAAGGUCCAGUGGGCUCUUAAUAAGCAGUGACAAAAUGUAGCUAUUCCAAGCAGAGAAAAUGACCUGUAGGGGGAUCAGGGAAGACCUUGGGAUAGAGAGAGUUGGUUUCUUCAGCUUAGUUGCCCCCCACACCCUAUCAUUAUGGAAAUUUCAAACAUAUAUAUGCCAAGCACACCAAUGAGCCCUGUGAGCCCUCGGUCACCUGUUUCACCAAUGAUGAGUACUUUGCCACUGCAGAACUGGUUCAAGGAGGUUAGGUCAGAACCAGAGUGGGAACUGUGACUUCUCAGCUAAGGAGGAAAUAAUGGGGAGCCAUUGAAGGUGCGUGAGCAGGGGAUGAUCAAAGCUGGGAAGGAACAACCUGGUGUUGGUUCUGGGCUUUCUUCAUCAUGAGCCAACGGAUGUUUUCUGGUGUGUGCUCAGAGUCACGGCUCUGUUCAGAUGUCGCAGUGACUGUCCAUGUAGUGAUUCAGAGGAGUCGCCAAAGCGUCGGGAGACAAGCCAAGACCAGAACUGAAAUGGGGCCCUGGACGUAGUUUGGGAGCAGUGUUUGGGUACAGUGUAGGGUAGGAAAUGUUACACUGACAGCUGAGGACGUAGCAGCAUUCAGGGCUGAAUCCUGCCUCCGAGGGCCGUCAUGUCCACACCAUCUGCCAGGUUAAUCAGACAACAUGCAAACACACAGUGGGACUGGCAUGCACUUUCCAGGUUACUAGGGGUCGAGGCCCCCAUCCCAUGGAGAAUUUCCUUAAAUUAGUUGAUCAACUACAAGAGCACAGCUAGUUAGUAUAUUUGUUUUGUUGACCAGUUGAAAAAUAAGAAGUUUUGUGCUUUUUUUUUUUGUUUUUGUUUGUACUGGGUUUGAACUCAGGGCUUUGCG